GGUACUGAGAGGACAACGACUCAGCCAGCUACAGCCAAGAGGAGAUUGCAUCGGGCCCCCCUGUAGUCGGCUUGCCACCUUUUUACUACGACUGAACAAGAUAAAGAAGCCUCUCGAUGACAGGAAAAUUCCGAUUGAUCUCUUUGCACUUCAUGGAUUAAAGCAGAGGGGAGAGGCACUGGGCACACAGGCACAACCCAGUUUCUGUAAACCAAAGAAUAUUUGGUGUAUUCCACCCAUUUCCCCCCCCCCCUCCUCCCUUGCCAAAGGAGGCCCUUUAUUCUCUGUUAAAUGACUGAAGAGUAUUGGCAUUAGAGAGUGGAUUUUUUUCUUUCUGUCCAGACAGAUUAUUAUCAGCAUAUAUUUGGGCUUUGUUAGGGAUUGUACUGACCCAAGGAGGCUUAUAUUUUUAUAAGCACAAUUUGGCUUCACCCAGAUAUAUUUCCUCAACAUUUGUAAUAAAUGGGGGAUUACGGGUUUGGAGUGUUGGUUCAAAACAACACUGGGAACAAGUCAGCUUUUCCAGUCAGAUUUCAUCCACAUCUGCAACCCCCUCACCAUCAUCAGAAUACAACCCCCAGCCCCGCUGCUUUUAUAAAUAACACAGCUGCCAACGGCAGUAAUGCUGGGUCAGCUUGGCUUUUUCCUGCUCCAGCUGCCCAUAAUAUUCAGGAUGAGAUCCUUGGGUCAGAAAAAUCUAAAUCUCAGCAGCAGCAACAACAGGAACAACAAGAGUCAUUAGAAAAACAACAGCUCUCUCCUAGCCAAAGCCAGGAAGCAGGGAUUCUACCUGACCCUGAAAAAGUGAAAUCGGAAGAAAACCAGGGAGACAGCUCUUCUGAGAAUGGCAAGGACAAAAUAAGAAUUGAAUCUCCUGUGUUAACAGGUUUUGAUUAUCAAGAAGCAUCAGGCUUGGGGUCCUCAAACCAGACCUUGACAUCUUCUGCAUCCCCUCUGACUGGUUUCAGCAACUGGUCAGCUGCUAUUGCCCCUUCUUCAUCCACAAUGAUUAAUGAAGAUGCAAGUUUUUUUCACCAGGGAGGGGUCCCUGCUGCUUCAGCAAAUAAUGGUGCUCUGCUUUUCCAGAAUUUCCCACACCACGUGAGUCCAGGGUUUGGAGGUAAUUUUUCCCCGCAGAUUGGACCUUUGUCCCAGCAUCACCCCCAUCAUCCUCAUUUUCAGCAUCAUCAUAAUCAACACCAACAGCAAAGAAGAUCUCCUGCCAGUCCCCAUCCACCUCCAUUUACCCACAGAAAUGCUGCUUUUAACCAACUGCCCCAUUUAGCCAAUAAUCUUAAUAAACCACCCUCUCCAUGGAGCAGCUACCAAAGUCCAUCACCAACACCCUCAUCUUCAUGGAGCCCCAGUGGUAGUGGAUAUGGAGGCUGGGGUGGGUCCCAAGGUAGGGACCACCGCAGAGGACUUAAUGGAGGAAUGACACCCUUGAAUUCCAUAUCACCAUUAAAGAAGAAUUUUGGAAAUAACCACAUUCAGCUGCAGAAAUAUGGUAGGCCCAAUUCUGCCUUUGCACCAAAAUCUUGGAUGGAUGACAGCUUGAACAGAGCCGAUAACAUAUUCCCUUUUGCGGAUCGUACAAGGGCGUUUGACAUGCAUUCAUUGGAAAGCUCUCUGAUUGACAUAAUGAGAGCAGAAAACGAUUCCCUAAAAGCAAGGACAUAUGGUCGAAGGCGAGGUCAGUCCUCUCUCUUUCCAAUGGAAGAUGGAUUUCUGGAUGAUGGUCGAAGUGAUCAACCUUUACACAGUGGCUUGGGAUCGCCACACUGUUUCCCUCAUCAAAAUGGAGAACGUGUAGAGCGUUAUUCUCGCAAAGUGUUUGUGGGAGGUCUGCCUCCAGAUAUAGAUGAAGAUGAGAUCACUGCUAGUUUUCGGCGAUUUGGACCUCUUAUUGUAGACUGGCCACAUAAGGCAGAAAGCAAGUCUUACUUUCCUCCGAAAGGUUAUGCGUUCUUGCUGUUCCAAGAUGAAAGCUCUGUACAGGCCCUGAUUGAUGCAUGUAUUGAAGAGGAUGGCAAGCUUUACCUGUGUGUGUCAAGUCCCACAAUCAAAGACAAGCCUGUUCAAAUCCGUCCCUGGAACCUCAGUGACAGUGACUUUGUGAUGGACGGCUCACAGCCUCUUGACCCUCGGAAAACCAUUUUUGUUGGAGGUGUUCCACGACCAUUACGAGCUGUGGAAUUGGCCAUGAUAAUGGACCGGUUGUAUGGAGGAGUAUGUUACGCUGGCAUAGACACUGACCCUGAGUUAAAGUACCCCAAAGGAGCUGGGCGUGUUGCGUUUUCAAAUCAGCAGAGUUACAUAGCUGCUAUCAGUGCCCGAUUUGUUCAGCUGCAGCACGGAGAAAUAGAUAAACGGGUGGAAGUGAAGCCAUAUGUCUUGGAUGAUCAGCUGUGUGAUGAGUGUCAAGGGGCUCGCUGCAGUGGCAAAUUUGCUCCGUUCUUCUGUGCUAACGUUACCUGUCUGCAGUAUUACUGUGAAUAUUGCUGGGCUGCUAUCCAUUCACGUGCUGGACGAGAGUUCCACAAGCCACUGGUGAAGGAGGGAGGAGAUCGCCCGAGGCAUAUUUCAUUCCGCUGGAACUGAGCAACCCAUGGCUUAGCUCACUUUGCAAGCAUCCAAAUAAGUGCACUCUUCUGUUCUCUUAAUCUCCCUCCCUCCUACCAUCUUUAGGAACGCAUGUCCUCUUGUUGUAGUCUGUAUUUUAACAAUAGUAUAAUGAAAGAAUGACCUACACCAUAGGUAUUUUGUAGAGUCUUGUGUCAUUGAGAACUGUAUUGGAACGCCUCUUGUCCAUAACAAUAUCACUCUGAUGCAUGCACGUUUCAUGCUGACCUUUUCAAAUAGCAAGGGAGCAGGGGGACUGCAACAAUUAUUAUUAAUAUAUUAUUUUUUUUAUAUAUUAUUUUAACGGAGAGGAAAGUUUAAAGCAAGAAAACUAUUGAGCGAGAAAAAGAGUAUUUUUUUUUUUUUUUUAAAUUAAAUUAUUGUUAAAUAAAAAGUAACGUAAGAAUACUGUUAAUGUAACCAUGCAACCACAAUAACACUAUGGAUUUGUUGAACCAUUUUUUAAAUAACUAAAUAUAUAUAUAUAUAUAUAUAUAUAUAUAUAUAUAUAUAUAUAUAUAUAUAUAUAUAUAUAUAUAUAUAUAUAUAUAUAAUUAUAGGGGAUUUUUUUUAGCAUCUAUUUAUUAUUUGUAUUUUUCCAGACUUUAUUGGAAAAAAAAAAGUCAUCAGUUGCCUAUUAAAAGCAUUGAGCAGUAAACAGCAUGGGCAAACAUGAAACGAUAUUUACUUUUCCAGUCAUUUGAGAAGUGAAGGUUUAGAAAUGGCAGAUGCCUCCACAUUUUUUUUUCUUAGUUCUUUUAUGUCAACCUCUUGGAAACUGGUUAAUUCUCCUUAUAGCUCCAAAGUCUUUUAACGAUGAAACAGUGAGCUGUUUGCAUUAAGCUUUUUAAGAAUGUAAAUGUUAAGUGAAGUUACUACUGAGGGGAGUGCACUUAUUUAUUUUUUCAGUGAAAUAGAAAAACAACUUUUUUUUAACAAUAAAAAAAACACAAGUUCAACCAUAGCCCCUUAUUUUCCUCCAAAGUCCUACCAAAGCUCAGUAAAAGUACGAUAAAUAUCCGAAGGCAGGAAUUUCCUCUCCGAAAGAACAAAUGUAUAGAUUUUUAUUUUUUUGAAGCUUAAUAUAUAUAUAAAUAUCUCUAUAGUUCUGAUUUACCUAAGCCUACAUAAGGUGCCGGCUUUUGUUCUCCAUUUUGACACACGAAACUUGAACGAUACCUCCAGGAUGGUAUUUGGUAUUUUCCUUUAGCAGUCUUAAAUCUGGACUAGAACAGGGAAAGCCUUCUCUCAUGCAUAAGCCUUUGACACCUUCCCUGCAAAGUUACUGUGAAUGGCAGUGAUCUUUGUUUAGAUCCCUACAGCAGUCAGGGAUUUAUUGCAUCCGUUGGCUGGUUAGGGGCUAGUUAUAGCUCCCCGCAGCAUAAAGUCACUUUAUACUUCUGCAUCGUCUGUCCACCAAGGCAAGUUUGCAGUUCAAAAAUUGACGUUUUCAUCUUGGUGCAAUGAGAAAGCAGUGGAAAAUGGUGCUGUACUGUGGAACUGCAAACGGGCCAUAAUUGCUUUGCACAUAGUUAAAAAAAAAAAAGUGGCUCUCAAUGCAGAAUUUCUCGUAGCGGGCGCUUUAUUUUUUCAUAAUCCCUCUCCUGUUCUUAAAUAUCCGCUUUUUGUCUUUCCAUUAUUUAGGCAGAUGGUUGUCAUGUCCAUGUACCAUUAACGUGGAUUCGAAGGCUGGGCAGUUAAACGAGAGUGUUGGGGUAAUGGCACACAAUGUUUUGUUUCGCUGCGAAUGCUCAAAACGCCUGAAACCUCCCCAUGUGCCAUUGCUUAGGGGUGCAAUAUUAAUUUUAAGCUGCUUUUACCAGUAACGAAUCUCUCGAUGCCUUAACCCGCUUAGUGCCAGAGAUUUAACAAUCACAUUGCAGUAUCCUUCUAAACAGAGUCUCUUGAAUACUUUAUUUGGCACCAAAUUCUGCCCUGUGCACAAAAAUAGUUUGGUGCACAUGCAUUAUUAGAAUAAUUGCAUGCAAUUAUUGUCAGUUAAAAUGGAAUACAUUUCUAUACAUGUACCACAUUGGCUUAUGGGCGGCAACACAUAUGCAGGUUUUUAUGUGUGUUUAUAAACAUGCACACAUGGUUUUGGAGUCAUUUUACAGAUGGCCAUGCUGCUAUACAGGGCUCCGUAAAGCUUUAUAAAAUGGUAGAUGAGGAGGAUGUUCCCUGGGUGUUAUAGCAGCAAUGCAUUAUAAUAAAAGCUGACCAAUACUGUACAUUGAAAAAGGACAUUGAUCUAUUCAUUUUUUCAAGGGUUCGCCUUACGGAUUUUAAAAAUGUACUAGGUAAGGAGCUUCUUUUAGGUGUGAUGUCAAGGCCGGUUCACAGAAAUGAGCGGGAAAAAGAUCUUGUUAUUGGUUUUAAAGGAAAACUAUACCCCCCAAACAAUGUAGGUCUCUAUAAAAAGAUAUUGCAUGAAAGCGUUCAUAUGUAAAACCCUGCAUCAUGUUAAUAAACCAUUCUCAUUAUAAUAUACUUUUUAAGUAGUAUGUGCCAUUGGGUAAUCUUAAAUAGAAGACUUUCAUUUUAAAAAAUAAGGGAUUGUACGAUUUAAUGUGCACACAUACACGCCAAAUAAACCAUACAUGUUGGGUCACAUGAGCCAAUUAACAGACAGAAUUCUGUCUUUUGCUCCCACACUUCUUCCUGUUACUGUUAGAGUUGUAGUAUUUCUGGUCAGGUGAUCUCUGAGGCAGCACAGGGACCAUCACAAAAUGGUAGUUUAAGACGAAAUGUAAAAGGGCAGUUUUUACGUAAAAAUAUAUUAGUUUGGGAAGAUUUUUUUCAUAUGCCACUUAAUAUGAUAUGAACUAUCUGUUGCUUAAGUAUUCAUUUUGGGGGUAUAGUUUUCCUUUAAGCAGUGAGCCUGUGUAUAUUAUUAAAAUGCACCCAAAAAUGAGGGGCAUUGCUUUUAAGCAUGCAAUUUCAACAACAUAGGUUGGGCAUACUAAAGACUCCCUAUGUAGUGUUAUGCAAGUCUUUAAGGUGGAACCCUUUUGUGAUAACCAACGUGAUGUGGGCAUAUGGCACACCCAGCCCUGAUUAACUAGAGUCUAUACCAGAUCUAGAAAUGUAUGGGAAACAAACUAGUUAAAUGCAGAUGUGGCGGUGACAGGUAGACCACUGCUCAGAAACAUCGAAGUGGUGGGCCGCCAUCUUUGUCUUGGCACAUUUCCUGUACAGCAUUAUAGAAAGCAGUAACAAGCACAGUGGAUACCAAACUACCAUGGGUGCCACUUAACCCUUCAAAAUCAACAUUGGAAUGGGGUUAUGUUAAAAUAAAGUACAAAAUGGAGACAUUUGCUGGAGGAUACUGAAGUCUAGGCAAGGGAGCUGCUUUUAAAACCCGUCCCUCGAUUAUUUAAAAAAGCAAAAAAAAAAAAAACUUAUAUGGUGGGUGCUCUUGAAUUCAUCUGGUCAGGAAUUCUCCCAGAUCCUGGGAGAUUGUUUAAAAGCUUUUUAUGCUUUGGAUAUGUGUAUAUAAAUGGCAUGGGGGUGUGCUAGAGUGCCAUUCCUACCAGUAAACAGUGGCAAUGAUUUAACCUUUUCACUGCCAAAAGACGGCACCACGUUACAUGCAGUACAUCAUAGAGUGUUCUGCAUAUAAAAGAAUGGACCACAUUGUGGCUAGAGGUGGCUGUUGCCUUCUCCCCCAGCAUGGAAAAGGUUAACCCUCCAGAAUAAACCAACAAAUAAAACACUGUUUGGAAGCUAAGCUUUGAAGUAUAUUUUCCUUUAAUUUCCCCUUUGUACAUGACCUGCUGAAUUUUCGGUACAGUGUUUUUGUAGCUAACUUAUUUUUGUCAUGCACAUAUUGUACACUUGUUAUGCACUAAUUUUAUAUAUAUAUAUAUAUAUAUAUAUAUAUAUAUAUAUAUAUAUAUAUAUAUAUAUAUAUAUAUAUAUUCUCUUAUGUUUCCAGCAGUGAGCAUGUAGGCCCACUUUUCACUGGCGGGAUAUCUCUUUAUGCAAUACCUCAAUUUUUCAUAUUGCAAAGAGUAGCUUUUUGUACUUUUAUUACCGAGAGAUCUUCAUAGAAUUCAUUUUUUAAGAUAAAUAAUUUUAAUAAAUUUUUAUUUUCUUAUAUUCUGCUUUUUAUACAUUUCAGUGCUCUGCAUACAUAUGGUAUGAUGGAUGUGGCGCACUGGUAAUGCUACUUUAGAAUCUGCAGAGAUACAAUAA